CGGCUUCAUUCUGAGCUUACCCGGUAGCAGAGUGCUGUAAGCUUCGCAGGCGGCGGCCUGAGCUCUAAGGCAGCCUGCUCCCUCCCGGUCUUCCUCCUCCUCCUUCUCCGCGGUCAGCAUGAAAGCCUUCAGUCCAGUGAGGUCCGUGAGGAAAAACAGCCUUUCGGACCACAGCCUGGGGAUCUCCCGGAGCAAGACCCCUGUGGACGACCCGAUGAGCCUAUUGUACAAUAUGAACGACUGCUACUCCAAGCUCAAGGAGCUGGUGCCCAGCAUCCCUCAGAACAAGAAGGUGAGCAAGAUGGAAAUCCUGCAGCACGUCAUCGACUACAUCUUGGACCUGCAGAUCGCCCUGGACUCGCACCCCACUAUUGUCAGCCUGCACCACCAGCGACCCGGGCAGAGCCAGGCGUCCAGGACGCCGCUGACCACCCUAAACACGGACAUCAGCAUCCUGUCUUUACAGGCUUCCGAAUUCCCUUCUGAGUUAAUGUCAAAUGACAGCAAAGCACUCUGUGGCUGAAUAAAUGGUGUUCAUGACUUUUUUUCCCCCUCUUUGCACAACAACAAAUCCACAGGAUCUUUUGAAUCGCUGAACUUAUUUUUCAACCAUUUCAUAAGGAGGACAACAACCAGUUGAAUGGACCUUUUUUCAAAAGAUGGAAGGAAAACUCAGAAUGACCAUCUUCCCUAGAGUUUGUCCUCUGACCUGGACUCUGAUAUUAGUUAUUUAUGGAAAAAAGAAAAAAAGACUUUUAAAUGCCCUUUCUGCAGUUGGAAGGUUUUCUUUAUAUACUAUUCCCACCAUGGGGAGCGAAAACAUUAAAAUCACAAGGAACUGCCCAAUUUAAGCAGACUUUGCCUUUUUUUCAAAGGUGGAGCGUGAAUACCAGAAGGAUCCAGUAUUCAGUUGCUUAAAUGAAGUCUUUUGGUCAGAAAUUGCCUUUUUGACUCAAGUCUACUGAAUGCUGUGUAUAUAUUUAUAUAUAAAUAUAUAUAUAUAUAUAUAUUGAGUGAGACCUUGUGAACUCUUUAAUUAGAGUUUUCUUGUAUAGUGGCAGGGAUGUAGGUCUCUGCAUACAAAGUGUAAUGAUGUACUUAUUCAUGCUAAACUUUUUAUAAAAGUUUAGUUGUAAACUUAACCCUUUUAUACAAAAAUAAAUCAAGUGUGUUUAUUGAAUGGUGAUUGCCUGCUUUAUUUCAGAGGACCAGUGCUUUUGAUUUUUAUUAUGCCCUGUUAUCACUGAACCCAAAUAAAUUACUAGUUCAAAAUUUAUGUAGACUGUAUAUGAUUAUAAUAAAAACAUGUCUGAAGUCAA